AUGGCCAGGGACUGUAUAGUUUGUUCGAGGAAACAUUAUCCAAUAAUGUGUCCGGAUUCAGAUCUGAAAAAGGGAAAGAAGGAUAAUGAGAAGAAUGAAACAGAAAAUAUUUUGACUAGCAACUUAUCUAGUACAGUAUUAUUGCAAACAGUUCUUGUGCGGAUUCAUUUUGAAGGGAGCGAAAAAAUAGUUAGAGCAUUAUUAGAUUCUGGUUCACAAAGCUCUUAUAUUUUAUCUAGAAGUGCAGAAGAACUUAAGUUGAAGAAAAUUGACAAUGAAACUAUAAUACAGGGAGUUUUUGGAGGGAAGCAAUCCCAGCCAGAAAUUCAUAAGUUAUUCGAAGAAACAAUAAAAAGUAUUGAUAACACACAUGAAUUUAAACUCAAUAUGUUGAAUCAAGAUAAAAUCUGCAAUUAUAUUCCUCGUAUUGAUGAUUCAUCUUGUAUAAAUUAUUUGAAGCAGAGUAAUAUUGUGAUUCACGAUAGCAAUUUGUCAAAUGCUUCAAAGGAAAUUGAACUAUUACUAGGAGCAGAUAUAUUUGGUCAUUUAUUAACUGGUAGAAAACAUCACCUUGAUGGUGGCCUUGUAGCGCUCGAAACAUAUUUGGGGUGGACACUCAUCGGACAGUACGACACAAAACAACGCAAUGAGACUAUAUUUUCUGGAUUUUCCGAAUUGUCAAUACCAGACUUAUGGGAGUUAGAAUUACUUGGUAUAAAAGAUUCGGUACAAGUAAAAUCAAAUGAAAUUCUAGAAGAGCAAGCUUUGAUCCAUUUCUAUGAUACUAUUACUAUAAAUGACGAAAAAAGAUAUGAAAUUAAAUUACCUUGGUCGCAAGAUCACUUGAAUAUUUUAGAUAAUAAGAAAAUGGCUCUUAGUAGAUUAGAGUCUAAUACAAAAAGAUUGUUGAAUUUGAACAAAUAUGAUGAUUAUUCAAGGGUAUUCGAUGAAUGGGAAGAAUUGGGUAUUAUUGUGGAAGUGACCGACGAGAAAGAAAUGAGACAAGAAAAUUCAAUUCAUUAUUUGUCGCACCAUGCAGUCAUUAAAGAAUCAAGUGCAACUACUUAA